AUGUCUGCCUAUCUAUCUAAAUCUGUUCGUAUCUAUCUUCAAUAUUCCAACAUUUAUCUUUUUUUUCUUUUUGAGUAUUUCUUUUCUCUCUCACUUUUUAUUUAUCAUUUUGUUUGUUUUGCCUCUCACUCUCACUCUCUCUCUCUUUCUCUCUCUCACUCUCUAUCUCUCACCCUCUCUCUCUUUCUCUUUCUCUCUUUCUCUCUCUCACUCUCUCUCUUUCUCUCUCUUUCUCUCUCUCACUCUCGCUUUCUCUCUCUCACUCUUUCUUUCUUCGAUCCCCUUUCAUUAUUGUCUUUUACUUUUGCUUUUAUUUUUUAUUUCUUUUCAUCUCUUAUCUUUUUUCUCACUUUUUUCUUUUUUCUUUCUUUUUUCCACUUUUCUUGUAUUCCCUUUUAUCGUUUUUCCACUUUCCCCAUACUUCUAUUCUCUCUUUCCCCUUCAUUUUAUCUUUCUCUAAUUCUUCCCUCCUUCUUUCUCUUUUCUUCUCUUUCUAUUUUUCUCUUUUCUUUUCUUUCUCUUCUUCUUUUCGUUACUUUCUCUUUUUCUUCAUCUCAUUCUUUUCUCCUUUCUGUCCUUUUUUUCUCUUUCUGA